CUGCAGCGAGGUCCUUCUCGUGAUUGGUGGAAGUGAAAAUAUGGCGGCGUCUGUGCAGCUGUGAAAUAAUAGAAAGAAAAACUAAAGUAAGACACUUGAGACGCGUUGUAGAGGUUAAUACUGUCCUUUAGCUGUCGCUAGUUUUAGGGAACGGGACGAUGACGUAACCAUAGUGACUCUCUCUCUUUGCUUUAGCUUCUCGAGGUUGCUAACCAACCUGCUAACAACACAGCAUUUCACCAGUGGAUCAGCUCCUUAAAGCCAACAUCAUGCCAGCUUUCCGGCAAGUGGGAGAGAAGCAACUUCCCAACCCAGUGAAGUGUAUGGCGUGGUCUCCUAAGAGGGACCUCAUUGCUUUGGCUAAUACAACAGGGGAGCUGCUGCUUCAUCGCUUGGCUAGUUUCCAGCGGGUUUGGAGUUUGGCACCCAGUGAAUAUACUGGGAAGGAGAUCACUGCGCUCGCCUGGAGACCUGAUGGCAAAAUUUUGGCGUUCAGUCUUGGAGACACCAAGCAGGUGGUUCUGUGUGAUGUUGAGAAAGCGGAGAUCCUUCACAUGUUUCCAAUGCAGAGUUCGGUGACCUGCAUGAACUGGAUGGAGGUGGUGGAGGAGAACAGUGCCCUUGGCUCCUUUUAUAACUCUGAGGAUGAAUCCAAGCUUUUCCUUCCUGAAUUACCAACACUCCCCAAGAGCUACAACACCACUUCAAAGAUAUUCAGUGAGGAAAAGUCUGACGAGAUCCUCAACCUCCUCGGAGAAGUUCGGCUGAACAUCCUCGUUCUCGGAGGAAAUGCUGGAUGUGUGGAGCUUUAUGCAUAUGGAAUGUACAAAAUUGCCAGUCUUGGCGAGGUGUCGGGAUCGUGCCGCAGUCUGAGUCUGUCCAGCGAUCUCAAGUCUCUGUCUCUGAUCACAGAAGUCCAAUCCGCUGACUGCGUCUCGGAGAUCUGCUACGUUCAGCUGGACACGAGUUUGUUGUCGGACUGUCUUCCAGAGGUCACCAGGAUGGCCCGCAAGUUCACCCACAUCUCCACGCUGCUGCAGUACCUGCACCUCUCACUCACCUGCAUGUGUGAAGCCUGGGAGGAAAUCCUGAUGCAGAUGGAUCUCCGUCUCACCAAGUUUGUUCAGGAAAAGAACACAAGCACUCAAGUCCAAGAUGAGUUUUUGGACCUCCUGCUGUGGGGGCAGUCCAGUCCCGAGUUGCAGGCUCUCCUCAUGAACCAACUGACCGUCAAGGGCUUGAAAAAACUGGGUCAGUCCAUUGAGUCUUCCUACUCCAGCAUCCAGAAACUGGUGAUCAGCCACCUACAGAGCGGCUCUGAGGCUCUGUUGUAUCAGCUGAGUGAGGUGAGAGGAAUGUCCCUGUGGAAGCAAAAGUUUGAGUGCCUCGGCUUGGAUUCGGAUGCUAUUGAUGGUGCGAUCACAGCUGUUGGCUCUUUCUCUCUCAAAGCUAACGAACUUCUGCAGGUGAUUGACAAGAGCACGAAAAACUUCAAAGCCUUUUUCCGAUGGCUGUAUGUAGCAAUGCUAAGAAUGUGUGACGAACACGUACCGCCAGAGCUAAACAAGAUGACUCAGAAGGACAUUGCCUUUGUUGCUGAUUUCUUGUCGGAGCAUUUUAGCGAGAACGAGGAACUCUUUGAUCGUAAGGGGAAGUAUUUCCACGUGGAGCGAGUUGGUCAGUACCUGAAGGAUGAAGAUGAAGACCUGGUUUCUCCACCCAACACAAAGGGAAACCAGUGGCUGAAGUUCUUACAGGAGAGCACACACCUGAAAGUGAGCCCUUUGCUGUUUCCAUCAUAUCCCCAAAAGUCUUUGCACUUUGUCAAGAGGAUGAUGGAGAAUGUGAUUGAACGAUGCCUACAGAAACCUGCCGAAGUCAUUGGAAGAUCUGUGAAACGGGCUGUCUUUUUGCCUUUGUAUGCUGUGUCAGACAACUCGGAAAAGAUUCCCCACCUUUUUGAACUCCCGUCUCUGUGGAAUGACAAAAAAGGCAAAAUGCACUGUGUUGUGUUCUGCAUGCCAGAGAUUUCACCAAGCAAGCUGUACGUGUUACGGAAAGGAACCGACCCAAACAGACAUAUUCCAAACAGCUUCAUGUCAUUUGACCUCAGCCAUUAUCUGGACAGUACAGAUGAUAAUGGUGUUGCAGCCCGGUCUCAUUACGUCUACAGCUGCCUGGAUGCUCGUUUCUAUGACGAUGAAAUGCUAACGGUGGUCCUGCAGGGAUCAGAGGAUCAGAACAGCAGGCGCCUCCUGGCUCAGGUUUCACUUGCCUCCAGCUUGAGCUGCGACUCUCGAUUCAACUGGGAGCCUGGUGUGAGGUUGGACCAGCAGUGCAGCACCAUUCCCUGCCAGGGUCUGGUGUUGGGGAACCAGUGGCGUGAACUGGAAAACAUGAAGGCCCAGUUUGUAGCCGUCAAUGGAAUCCGCAAAGUGGCCUGCGUGCUGAGUGCCAAUUUAAGACACAUCCGUGUUUUUGAGAUGGAUGUGGAAGAUGAGGAUGACGAGGGAGCCGAGUCUCAGAACGCCAGCGCUGACCAGGACGGACUGGAAACUGCGAUGUCUGGCCAGGGGCCGGUGGAGGAGAGCUUGGAGUCAGAGGGAGAAUCCAGAGAGCAGGAAGGAGAUAUGUUUCAAAAGUCAGAGGAACUUUUACAAUCGCAGGAAGCCUUGUAACCCGUGUGGCACUCGAGCUGUAUGAACUCUAAAGGACUGGGCUUACUUUUUUGUAAACAUCUUUUAUAUUUAAAAAUAAAACAUCUUUCUGGA